CUUUAUGUUUCAUUUCUUGUUCUUUGCAAUUCUUUAGCUUUGAUCGGUUAGCAUACUUGCUUUCCACUAGCUUCAGUCUCUUUCUCUCUCUCUCUCUCAGCUAACGUUUCUAGAGAGUUGAAUUCUUCCAUACUUUCUCUUGUUCUUCAAAACCUUGAUUCGUUCAUAUCCAUAAAGAUCACUGGCCAAAACAAGAUCCAAACCCAGUUUUCAAUCUUUGUUUGUAAUCCUUUAACUUUUUUGUGAGCUCAAAAGCUUGAGAAAAAACCAUGGCUAAUCUAUGGUGGGCGGGGCAAGUAGGGUUACAAGGAAUGGAAACAUCAGCCACUUCAUCAUCUCCGAUCAAGAAACCAGAUCUGGGUAUAUCCAUGACAAACAAUGGAGAAACAGGCAGCGGUGGAACCGGCGAGGAAGAAGAAGACAAAGAUCAUAGCGACGAGCCUAGAGAAGGUGCUAUCGAAGUCUCCACUCGUCGUCCCAGGGGACGACCGGCGGGUUCCAGAAACAAGCCCAAACCACCGAUCUUCGUCACCAGGGAUAGCCCUAAUGCACUUAGGAGUCACGUUAUGGAGAUAGCUAAUGGUUCCGAUGUAGCCGAAACCCUAGCUCAGUUCGCUAGGAGGAGACAAAGAGGGGUUUCGGUUCUUAGCGGAAGUGGAACCGUGACCAACGUUACACUUAGGCAACCUUCGGCUCCUGGUGCCGUCAUGGCUCUUCAUGGUCUGUUCGAGAUUCUAUCGUUAACCGGUGCGUUUCUUCCCGGACCGGCUCCCCCGGGGUCGACCGGGUUAACGAUAUACCUAGCCGGUGGACAAGGGCAGGUUGUUGGUGGUAGUGUAGUAGGGUCAUUGAUGGCAUCAGGGCCUGUUAUGGUUAUAGCAGCCACUUUCUCCAACGCUACAUAUGAGAGGUUGCCUUUGGAGGAAGAAGAAGAGGAUGCUGGUGGAGCUCAAGGUCAGCUCGGUGGCGGCGGAUCGCCUCCGGGGAUCGGUAGUGGAAGUGGUGGACAUCAACAAGGUGGGAUCGGUGGUAACGGCGGAGGCGGUGACAGUUCGGGUUUGCAAGGUUAUAACAAUUUGCCACCGAAUUUGGUUCCUAAUAGUGGACAGUUGAACCAUGAGGCUUAUGCUUGGGCACACGGUGGAAGGCCACCGUAUCAUUAAACAUAUAGGAAAACAUUGCUUGUGGGAGAUUUAGAGAUACUUUCACUUGCAUCAAUUAUCAUAAUAAGAUCAUCAUGUUUAGUUUCUUACACUUAUUUUUC